GUUUGUACAGCAUGAUGAGGGCGUGUCCUUACCGUAUGUCAGGAAGUACAGUACUGACAUUUACUGCACUUUACGCAGUCAGGUUGGAUUAUAUGUAUAGUGUUCAAACUAAAUUUAUCACCCGACUCUAAAUUUACUCACGCUUAAUAUCGGCGGUCAUUAUGGCGGUGUUUGACAACUGUAACGUGCUGUUAGAUGUGAGGACUUUACCUUUUAAAGAGAAGAAGAAGCUGAGGUCAGCUCUUCUGGAUAAUGGAGGAAACAUCAGUUAUGUAGUCAACAAACAGUGCUCUUUUGUGGUGACCAGCAGUGUGGAUGAUCUGAGCAGUAACAGACAGAAGAGCAUUCACAAGCUUCAGAUCCCUGUGGUUGGGAUGCAGUAUGUAUGGAGUUGUCUGGAUAAAGGUCAUCUCCUGCCUUUUGCAGAGCAUGUUUUAACCCCACAGUUGACAGACCCCAGUUCUCAACACAGCUCCCUACGUAAUCCAGAGGGAAAAGUGUUGACUCAGAUACCAGUAAAAGGGAGCGUCAUGGGUCAAACACGGACUGAGAUUUUUGAGAAGGGCGGACCCCAUCCCGGGAAGUUUAGAAUUUACAAAGGUGAUCAGGAUCUGCCUGAAUUUCCUUCACAUUUUCAAGUUGCCAAGUAUUCUUUGUUUAAGAAGAAUAACUCGAAGACUUUAUCAGUUUUGGAGCUACAGAGUGCCAAAGGAAGAGCUGGUCAACAGUAUCGCGUCUUAUGUUCAAUCUUGCAUGAAUCAGAGAAGAAAGUGAUAUGGGACAAGCUUGUGUACUGCAGCACCUCUGAAGAUGCUCUGGAAGCGUAUGUGAUGCUGAUGAAAGAAGAGAAAGAUAAAGGAUUCACACAGAUUUUUACACUUCCACCUGAGGCUGAGCGCUUGGCAUCCUACAGCUUAAAACAGCUCCUUUUGGAGGAGAAGCUGAACUGCAGCACACUAUCACAGGAAGUGGGCGUCUUCGUGGAGCUGGUUUGGACCGAAGCUCUUGGUUCCCUUAGUAAAAUCCUCACGGCCCCUGUUUCCAGCAUCAGCCUUAAUGAUGUGAGCAGGGUGGAGGGAUUGCUGCUGCAGGCACAAAAGACUCAAGAUGAGGAGAAAGUCAAGACCCUGCUAGAGGAGGUCAACACUGUUUUACCCCUUCAAAUAGCCGACCCUCCUUCCAAACACAAACUUGUGUCUCAGAAACUAGACCUUUGUCAGCUGAUCAGAGAUAUUUUGAAUGUGAGUGAGGCCACUAUGAGAAGCCCCUUGCCCUCAUCUUUGGGAAAGUAUCGUGCCCUGAGGUGCAGCAUUGAUGUGGUCCCAUCAGAAAACCCUGAGUUCACUGUUAUCUCUCAAAUGCUUCAAGAAAAGCCUAUUCAGAUUCAGAAGAUUUUACGUGUGAGCAGGGGGGUGGAGCUUCAGAUGUUUAAGGAGGAGUUAGGCAACAUUAAGCCCCUCCUCCACUCGACUGGCACCAACAGUUUUGUUGGAAUACUUUCACGAGGUUUGCUGCUGCCCAGGGUCGGAGUGGAACAACACGGAAUUGAGAGGACAGAUAUCGGGAAUCUUGGAGGAGGCAUCUACUUCAGUGAUUCUCUGACGACUAGUGUGAAAUACUCCAAGCCCAGCGUAGCCGAUGGCUCUCGACUGCUGUUGGUGUGUGACGUGGCUCUGGGCCAGUGCAAGAACCUGCUGAAAAGAGACACCACUUUGACCUGCGCCCCCGAGGGCUAUCACAGUGUACAUGGAGUCCGCCGAACUCCAAAAACUACCUCAGAGUUUCAGGAUGAUGAGUAUGUUGUAUAUAACACAGAUCAGAUCAAACUCAAGUAUGUAGUGCAGUACACUUUAGAGGAGGACCAGCUGACAGAGUUUCAUCCUCAGAUCAACACUUCUGAGGAGCUCACACAGCCCACCGAAAGAAUCUUGCUCAUUGAUGACAGUGAAGGUCUGGAGUGCACUAAGAAUCCUCUAGAGGAGAUGACCGCAGGUCUCCUGGACAGCAGUGGCAAGACACUUCCUCUGAAGGCUGUCCAUGUAAGGUGCAAAUUAAUGGACUUGCUUUGUCAGGUCAUCAUUUUUCAGACUUACACAAACCAAAGUGAAGUUCCCAUUGAAGCAAAAUACGUCUUUCCACUGGAGGAAACAGCAGCGGUGUGUGGAUUUGAGGCCUUUAUCAAUGGAAAGCAUGUCAUUGGAAAGGUGAAGGAAAAAGAACAGGCUCGUAAAGAAUACAGACAAGCAAUAGAGAAGGGCCAUGGAGCGUAUCUAAUGGACCAGGAUGCACCUGAUGUAUUUACUAUCAGCGUUGGGAACCUUCCUCCAGGAGCCACAGUUUUGAUCAAGGUGACCUUCAUCACUGAGCUGGUUGUGAGAGGAGGCUCCAUCAUCUUCUCUCUGCCCGGCAGUGUAGCACCGUGGCAGCAGAGCGCCGCUCUCAAUCAGAAAACUCAGGGAACUGUUGAGAAGAUCUCUGUGACAGAGCUUCAGUCAGAGGGGGAGUUCUCUCUGUGUAUGUCCAUUGAAAUGCCUUAUGAGAUCAUCAACUUAGAGUCUUCACACCUCAUCAAAAUCAAGAGGACAGACUGUAAGGCUGUGAUCAGUACUUUGCCAGGACAAACUCUUGGAUCUGAUGGGCUCCAGGUGACCUUCAGUCUUUCUAAGAUCCACAUGCCCAGAAUGUGGGUGGAGAAACAUCCAGACAAAGAGAGUCAGGCCUGCAUGUUGGUGUUUUAUCCAGACUUUAAGUCCAACUCUGAAGGUCCAUCCAGUGUGAGUGAUGUCAUCAUCCUGUUGGACACCUCAGAGUCAAUGCGGGGAGACGCCAUGCUAAACGCUCGCAGGAUUGCUCUUCAAGUCCUUAACUCUUUAGACCGAUCACUAAAGAUCAACAUCAUCUCUUUUGGCACUGAUUACAAGGAAGCGUUUCCUGCACCAGUGCUCUUAGAUGAAACUUUUGAAUCAGCCAGAAAAUUCAUUAUGUCGUGUAAUGAAACAGGUGGCAGCACUGAGUUGUGGAGGCCUCUCCGUAGCCUGAGCCUGAUACCUCCAUCACAUGGCAUGAGAAACAUCCUGCUGAUCUCUGAUGGACACGUACAGAACCAGGCGCUGACUCUUCAGCUGGUCCGAGAAAACUCCUGCCACACGCGAGUCUUCACCUGCGGCCUCAGCCUGACAGCUAAUCGUCAUAUGCUCAGAGCUUUGGCUCAAGCAGGCGGUGGGACGUAUGAAUUUUUCAACACAAAGAUGAAACACACAUGGACAGAGAAGGUGCGUGCUCAGGUUCAGCGGGUGGAGUCUCCCGGCUGCAGAUCAGUGGCAGUGAAAUGGCAGCAAUUUAAUCCCACAGCACCCCCUCCUGUUCAGGCCCCCUCACAGCUUCACGCUCUCUUCAGUGACUGUCAUACACUCGUGUACGGCUUUGUGCCACACUGUACUCAGGCCAUGCUGUUUGGUGAUCUGAGUGGACAGGAGAUAAAAACAAUGGUGUCAACCACAGAACUUCAAAAGACAAACGGAACUUUCCUUCACAAGUUAACAGCCAGAGCGAUCAUCAGAGAUUAUGAAGAUGGCAUACUCGGAAACAGUGAGGCAGAACAUGAGGGAAAGAAAGCAGAGCUGAAGUCUUACAUCACUGAACUCAGUAAAGAGUUCUCCGUCUUGUCUCAGUUCACCAGCUUUGUGGCCAUUGAAGAGAGGGACCAGAAUCAGCUUGACACUGGAUUCACAGAUAUUCCUAAACUAAUCGCAGAAGAGGAUGUGGAUAUUCUGCCUUAUAUGGGCUGGACUGAGGAGGAGCAGACUAAAGAGGUAGAUUCUGAGGAGAGCCUCGUAGGCAUGUGCUUUGAGAGCUGUGCUCUUUCUGAUAAACUUUCCGAUGACAUGACAUUUAAAGAUGAUGAAUCUGAGUGUUUUGAUAUGUUAGAACUGGAGUCAAGCGAUUAUGAAAGUUCUGCCCAGGAUAUUAGUUAUGCUUUUGAAAUGGCAGUGCCUUUUUCUUCACGUCGCGGAGCAGCUGUUUCAUAUGAAAUGCGUUCACAAUCAAUGCAAAACUAUGCAGACCGUGCAGAGCAUGGAUGUGGCUACCUUCCUUUCACUUUAAAGAUAAAAUCACCUUCCCGUGCUGCCCGUCAAAGAGGUUUUCUCUCUCCACCUAUGGUCCCGCUUAACUCCUCUCUGCUUCCUUCUCCACCUCGUCCUCUGUGUGAUGCCCCUUCUGUUGAGUGUUGGGAAGGCGGAAGGACUGUGACGAACAGCAUGACUUUUGAUGCUUUACCUCAGGCUCGUGCCUCGGGGGCUUCUCUUUCAUCUUUUGCUGAGGGGGCUUCUCGUCCAGCUCCUUUCGCAGUGCCUUAUCAUCUAGCUUUUGCUACUGGGGCUUCUCUUCCCACUCCUCAAGGUCCAGAUUUUUCUGUUAGAGCUUUUUCUACUCCAGCUUUCAUUGUUAGGGCUUUUCCUCCACCUCAUCUUGCUGAUUCUCCACCAUCUUCUUUUGUUGGUGCAUCUCCUCCGGUUGGUGCCUCCCUAAAAGAAAGGCCCCUUCCUCCACCUCCUAUCAUGCGUUCUGCUGCUUCUCUUCCUCCUCCUCCUCCUCCUCCUCCUUCCUUUCAAUCAGUAUCAUGUUACAAGAGAAUGUCAGCUGCUGUCUCUGAACAGCCAUGGGAUUUAUCAAGCCCUGAAAUCAGACCUUCAUCGGAGAGAUGCUUAAGAGAAAGCAUAAUCUCUUCUGCACCCGCUUCAGGCAGAGCUAUAAAAAAAAGGAAAUCAGUACCCCUUAAGGAAGGAUUAAUGUUAGGGUCAGCCCUGCAACUAAUGGUAGGGUCAGCCAUGCAACUAAGACGAAGAUCACUUGAGGACACAGUGGACUGGGAUGAGCUGUUUCAGCUUCAACAUGAGGAUGGAUACUGGGAAUGCACUGGGAGUCUGAGUAGCUUCCUCAAACUGGACAUAGACUUCUUUGCCAAUGUCUUCCUUAAGGAGAAAGGCAUUUGUUCACUGGGUGCAAAGGCUCAUGCAGAUAUUUUGAGACUGGUGGCCACUCUGUUGGUGCUGCAGCUGAUUCGAGUAAAGAAGUCAGCCGAGGGGAAGCUGCUUCAGUCUCUCUUCUCUCUGAAAGACUCUGAGGGUCCCAGGCCAGUGCACUGGGAGGCUGUGAAGAAAGCAGUGGACUGGGCUUGCUGGGCAGAUAAACAAUAUCCAUGUGUGUGCAGCAGACUGGAGUUCGGCUGGGAUUGGGAAUCAUCCACACGCCAGUUACUGGGCUGUGAUUCACCACUUCCAUACUCUCCACUCGUAUCUGUUCUGGACAGGCGUUUGGGUUUAUCUGUUAUUUAGUAACUGGACAGAACUUUUCAUUGACAUUUGUUCAAUCAAUUUUUAACCUCUUAACUCUGUAACAAUGUCAAUAACAUGUCUACUGUACUGUAUAAUUCAGUAGAGCCUCAAACAAUAUAUUAAAGAAUAAUUUACUCAAACAAUGAAACUUAUGUUAUCUUGAACUUACUUUAAUACUGUUUAAAUUGCUUAUGACUUUUUAAGUGUUACACAAAAUGUUGUGAUUUAUUUUCUAUUCCAUACAAUAGAAAUGAAUAAUAACUGGGGCUUUUCAAAUGUGUUUGUACUAAUGUUUAACCCGACUGAUGAACCUGGUGCAACACUUUGUGAGGAUUUAUGUAUUUGCUCGAGCACGAAUGAAAAUGAUAAGAAUAUGAUCGAUUUUUUUAUUUAUUUGAUAAUGGGGCGAUUUCUCUGACAGGGAUUCGACUUGUCCUAGACUAAAAUAAAUGUAAGAGUUGUCCAAACUGAAAACAAAAAUUUUAAAAUACAUCAGUGCCCUUUGUUUUGCCUCAAAAUGCACACAAGUAAUGUUGUAGGGCUGUCAAAAGAUUAAUCGCG